AUGCCAAGCAACGGCAAGCCGUGUCACAACUGCCGCCGUCGACGACUGCGCUGCGAUCGCUCGUGGCCGACGUGCCACAAAUGUGCGGUCUCAGGGCAGGAGUGCCUUGGGUACGGCAAGGUCUUCGUCUGGCAGCAGACGAUUGACUCUCGUGGGAUUUUGAAGCCGUCAUCAAGUCGCCGGACACCGCUUGGUGGCCCCCUGAGUUCCAGUGCUGGCUCCGCCUUCUCUUCCACCACAACCAGCUACUUUCCGCCCUUCCUGGAGAUCGCUCCUAGCCGUCGUCCCGAUACGGGCCCGAGUAGCCUGACGCAUGAUGCAGCUGCCGGGGAAGGCAAAUCUGUCGCUGGCGGAGCUCAGAAGGCGCCAGUUCGUCGCCUCUCGCCGCCAUUGAAUGACCAUGGAGGCAACGGGUUGGCGUCGGGUGCCUCGGAACCAUUGCAAGAUCCAGCCUCAAGCCCAGUCCAGGAAGUCUUGAGACCAGCGGCGCUGGGCAGCCUGACAGAUCCUCUCUUCCAAGACCUUGAUCGCAACUCAAGAUACUAUCUAGCGCACUUUGCCGAUCGUGUCUGCAAAGACUUGGUGGCUCGCGAUGGGCCGGGAGCAAACCCUUUCAGAGACCUCAUCCCCUUGACUAACAAGCAUCCUCUGUUGCUCCAGAUCCUGAUUGCCACUUCUGCGAUCCACUGGUCCAACAUCUUCCGUCCCAUCACCGCGAUUCCGACGGGGCUCACAGACCCGGGAGGCUACCUUGCCCAGCUGCGGUCAAAGGAUCUCGUUUCCCGGCAAGCUCUUAUCGAUGCGUUGACGGCGAAGCAAAAGGCCAUGGGCCACCUGCAAGAGGUGCUCGAUACGUUGGAUCCCGGAGGAAGCGAAGUCGUCCUUGCCGCCAUGCACUUCUUCAUCAAGUUUGAUCUGAUAGACUUAGAGAAGAACGACACAAAAGGAUGGAGGGCUCAUCUGGAAGGCGCCAGCAGCAUCCUGGCCUUGCUAAGGCCGGGAAGCAAUGGAAGCGAGGCAAGCCGGAUGCUUCGAGACUGCGUGGUGGCUGAUUGUUUCAUAUACCAUAUUCUAGGAUCCACGCUUGCGUCGGGCAGCCUUGCCGCCAACAUUGCUCGCUAUGCAUUCGAACUGCUGCCUGUCAUGAAGCGCGUCGAAGUCAAUAGCUAUCUCUCUUGUCCGCCAGAGAUCCUCCACAUCAUCCUGGAAGCAUCCAAGCUCUCGUACGAGACGCCCUGCACUGACUGGUCGUUGACUGCCGCGGACGAGGCCCUUGCCCUGAUUGACCAGGCGCUUGCAUUUGACAUCCCGGCUUGGGCAGACAAGCUUCGGCAGAACCCGCGAGUGCAGGACAUUGAGAGUCGCAUCCAUAUCGCAUCGGCUCACCGAUCUGCUGCGUGUUUGUACAUUCUGCAGGCCUUGCCCCUCGCACGAGCAGUCCGUCCCGUCGACACAGAGUUCCUGGUGGGCGACAUCCUGGAGAAUCUGGGCCAGAUCAGCAUCGAGGACCCGUACUACAAGGCCACGUCCUGGCCUACCUUUAUCGCCGGGGCCGAGACUCGCGAUGCAGAGAAGCGGACGUGGACCAUGAAGCGGCUGCUGGGCAUCUGGGAGACGUGCCCCUGGGGGUAUCUGUUUACCGCCAUUGAGCUGCUCAAGGCUGCUUGGGAGAUGCAGGAUGCUUGUCAAGGCGCUGACGACGAGGCUGGCAUCAACUGGCUGCAGGGGCUGAAGAGCAUGGGCUUUGAUGCCUUGAUAGUGUAG